AUGCCUCAGGUCGCCCGAUAUGGUCAAGAGUCGAUAGCAUCGCUUGGUAGUGAAUACGUGGGGCCGCGGGAGUCAAGGAGGGCCGCGGGGCCAGGGCCGGUGCACUUUGGUGCCCCAGGAUGUUUCAUACGACCGGGAUCUAUCGUAUCCAAAGGUUGA